CGAGGUACGCCCGGGACAGGUGCCUGUGUGACACGCCUGUGUCCCGCAGUGUCAUCUGUGUGCAGCAGUGCCCCCGGGUCGGGGCCCAGCUCCCCCAACAGCUCCCACGGUGCCCACAACGGCCUGGCCGCCUCUGUCCCCAACAUCCACAGCGAGCAGCUCCUGCCCCAGCCCCGUGCCCUGGCCCUGGACGGGGCCCAGCUCAGCCUCUACACGUCCCCGUCGCUGCCCAACCUGUCCCUGGGGCUGCAGGCCACUGUCACCGUCACCAGCGCCCACCUCCCCGUGUCCCCCAAGCUGUCCCCACAGGCAGAGGCCGAGCGGCCGGGGGUGCCCCCGGGGGUGUCCCCGCUGCGCCCCGGGGCCACCCUCACCGGCAAGUUCCUGAGCACGUCCUCGAUCCCGGGCUGCCUGCUGGGGGUGGCCCUGGACGGGGACCCCCCCGCCGGGUCCCCGUCCCUGCUGCAGCACGUGCUGCUGCUGGAGCAGGCGCGGCAGCAGAGCACGCUCAUUGCAGGUGAGCCCGAGUGCCUGCCGCGUGUCCCCGCCGUGUCCCCUCCGUGUCCCCCUGGUCCUCCCUCAGUGUCCCCUCAGUGUCCCCAUGAUCCCUCCUUAGGGUCCCCUCCGUGUCCUCCUGGUCCCUCCUCCGUGUCCCCCUCAGAGUCCUCCUCAAUGUCCCCUCAGUGUCCCCCCGAUCCACCCUCUCUGCUCCCCAAGGGGGGGGAGCUGGCCCGGCAGCCCCCCACCCACCCCGAGGAGACGGAGGAGGAGCUGACGGAGCAGCAAUCACCCCCCCCGGGGGAGAGGGGUCCCCUCGGCCCCCCCCUCGCCCUCGUGUCCCCAGAGGCGGGGGACCCCCCGGAGCAGCCACAGGACCCCGAGGGCUGCCAGGAGCCGGGUGACAGCGGGGACGAGGCCGAGGCCCCUGGGGACCCCGAUGUCACUGAGCUGGGGGUCACCUACAAGCAG